GUGUUCGUCUUCGUGUCCUUCAUCCCUAAUUUCUUGUUCACUUCUUCUCCUCUUUCUCCUUCUCUUAUUUAUCUAUGUUUUUCUGCUGAUUUAUGCAUAUGAUUACUGCUUGGAUCACUGAUCUAUUCGCUUGCAUGGGUGGUUGUUUUGGAUGCUGUGUGAAACCCACACCUAUUAUUGCUGUCGAUGAGCCUGCCAAAGGACUAAGAAUUCAGGGACAGAGUAUGAGAAAACCAACCACUUCGGAUGGAUUUUGGAGUUCGAGCCCUUGUGAUCAGGAUAACAGCACCAUUCAAUCUCAACGAAGUAUAUCUUCUGUCAGUACAUUAAAUCAAAUUCUUCAUCAAAGUAAUGGAACUUCUACUGCAGGCACCGACCCUGAAUUUGUAAACCAAGGUCUUGUUCUUUGGAAUGAAAGCAGGCAUCAGUGGGUUGGACGCAGCCUAUCUGAGAAGCAAAACCAAGAAAAACAAGAAUCCCGACUAAAUCGGAAUGCAACUUAUGAAAGUUUGCUUGGAACUAGACAACCUUUCCCGAAAUCUGUACCUUUAUCUGAAAUGGUUGAAUUCCUAGUGGAUGUUUGGGAGCGUGAAGGAAUGUAUGGUUGAAACUCGAGAGGUUAAAUGCUGAAGCUUUCUUUAAGUUAGUUUAUACUUCAUCUGCUGUACUUAACUCAUGAAAGGCUUUAAUUUAUAGUCUUGUUGAGAAAGAUUAAAAGAUCAAAAGAUCAAACACAAGUUUGUUCUUGCAUUGUAAUUUCAAACGCCAAGGCAAUCCUUUUGUUUUUUUUUUGCUCUCCUGUAAAUGACUAAAACUGUUUUCAAACCAAACCAGCACUGCUGAAUGCAGAAAUUGUUACUGUUACCUGUAAUUAUCUCCAUGGUGCUUGAGGUAAUAUUGUAAUAAGAUGUUUCUGUUAUUUUA